AUGACCAAGAUUCUUGAGCCCCCUCCCUUCCCUUCCCUCCUCGGCUGUCGCCAUCAUCUGUGCUGGACCCCGAUUCUCGCCGUGUCUUCUCACCAGACUUUCAGAAUUAAGCGAUUCCUGGCCAAGAAACAAAAGCAAAAUCGUCCCAUUCCCCAGUGGAUUCAGAUGAAAACUGGUAAUAAAAUCAGGUACAACUCCCAAAGGAGACACUGGAGAACAGCCGAGCUGGGUCUGUAA